UUUUUUUUCUCUUUUUUAGUUUUUUUUUUAUUAUUGCGCAUGUCAAUUUAACGUAUAUCAAUUACUUAUAUAUAAUGACAUCUUCUUUACGAGAUCAAGUCAAUGACCUAUUAACAGAAUAUACACAAGUGACACAAAAAUACUUUCAAUCAUUAAUAUCAGUAGCAGAAAACAAUGAUCACAACCUUGGACCAGAAACAUAUAUUCAAGAAAUGAUCAAUGUGGAUGAACGAUUACAAAAGGCAUUGGAUCAAAUUGGGGAACAUCAGGCACGACAACAACAAAUCAAACAAGUUCAAGAUGAAAUUCAACAACAUCAAACAGUACUUCUUUCGAUGGUAGAAAAACUCAACACAGCAAGCCAGGAAUUGGAUAAUUGCCUUAGUAUGGCAAAGAAAGAACUUAAGGCUACUGAGUAUGCACAAAAAGCAAACAUUCAAUUUACUGAUGUCUUAUCUUAUGCAUCUAAACUCUCAAAAUAUACCUCUGCACCACCUAAUUUUGAUCUUAUGAAUCGUGAUAUCAAGGUGGAUUUCGAAAAACCAUACCCAGAUGAAGAACGAAUGAGACGUGGAUUACUUUAUUGGCAACAUUCUACACAACCUAUUCCUGAAGAUAAGUUUGAAAGCUCGGAUAAUGAAAGUGCAUCAGACGAAGAUGAUGGGAAAAAGGAAGAACCAACCAAGAAACCGGAAGAAGAUGGACCUGCACCUUUUUGGAUUUUGGAUUUGAAUCCAAAUAUGUCAACGUGAAAUAGAUGAUAAAGUAGUGAUAGAUGAUUAGUGUAGAUAGUUAAUUAUUAUAUCAAAUAAUAAAUAAAAAAAAACAGAUGAUAAAAGAUGCGAAAUGAUUAAAUACUAGUGUUUAUUUUUUAUUUUUUAUUUUUUAUUUUUUUUUGGGAUGUUGUAUUUGUAAAUGAAAUAGGAGAAAGGAAAUCAUCAAGAUUUGUC